GGUUACACCAUUUCGUCAGCCAUAAAGAGCGACAACUCAUGUUGUAAAUUUCGCAUCAGGUUUGACAUUGCAUUUCUGGUAAAUCGAGGAUUUCUACACACUAUUUAUUUCAGUGGAUAACAGAAUUUGAUUAUAAAGAGAAGAUAACAUUGAAAAAUGUCCACCAUGAUGGCUGCAGGCCUUACUCGUAUUCCACUCACAGCUUUUGUGUCUGGCUUUGCCAAACCAUCCCUACUAAGACCUACACAGAAUACCAUGGCAAGAUUACAGAUGUAUGCUAAUGAAACCAAAACUGCCACACGAAGGGCUGCAAAAAGAAGGUCACUAAAGGAGAUUGCUAUGGCCCCUGCAGGACCUGGAGCUUUUAGUGUUGGGAAAGGACUGGUAGCUGGUGGUUCUGUUCUUGGUCUAGGAGCUUUAUGUUACUAUGGCCUCGGAAUGUCAAGUCAGCUUGGAGCUGUAGAUAGAGCAGUAUUGUGGCCCCAGGAAGUACGACAAAGGAUCAGAGAUACCUACAUGUAUUUUGGUGGCAGUGUGGCCAUCACAGCGGCAUCUGCAAUAGCUGUUAGUAGGAAUCCAAGACUCAUGGGACUAAUGAUGAAAAAUUCAUGGAUGGCAAUUGGUGUAACCUUUGCCACAGUAAUUGGUGCAGGAAUGGUCUGUCGGUCAAUUCCAUACCAAGAAGGCUUUGGUUCCAAGCAGUUAGCAUGGAUAGCUUACAGUGGUAUUUUCGGUGCUGUUUUGGCCCCUAUGACCUUAAUGGGUGGACCCUUGUUAAUCAGAGCAGCUUGGUAUACAGCAGGAGUGGUAGGGGGUCUUUCUACAGUUGCCAUGUGUGCUCCCAGUGAGAAAUUCCUGAAUAUGGGAGGACCUCUGGCUAUUGGUCUCGGAUUUGUAUUUGCAUCUUCCCUUGGAAGUAUGUUUUUACCACCCACCACAGCUUUAGGAGCAGGUUUAUACUCAAUAAGUGUCUACGGUGGAUUAGUCCUGUUUGGAAUGUUUUUAUUAUAUGACACACAGAAAAUCAUCAAAAAGGCAGAAAGUCAUCCACCCUAUGCUAUGCAAAAAUUUGAUCCAAUAAAUGCAUGUAUUGGAAUAUACUUGGACACAGUCAACAUAUUUAUUCGUAUAGCUAUGAUCCUUUCAGGCGGAGGUGGAAAGAGAAAAUAAUCAUUCUAAUAAAGUUUUGAUAUUAACAAACAAUACAUUCUGACAGUUGAAGUUGAUCUGGACAGUGAAUUUCCAUCUGUGAUUAUUGACAAUUUACAUAUUUGUACCUGGAUUCAUUGUUUUUUUCAUUGUCUUAUGAGUUUUAUCAACAUUAUGACAACAUGCUAUUAACACAUCACUUAUUUGUGUGUAUUAGGCAAAAAUAACAUGCUUACUGUACACAGCUUUAUGUUUAUCCUUAUCUCAAAUAUGGUUGAUUGCUAGAAGAACUAACUUAAAUCCAAUGUGAAUUUUAGGCUACACAAUUUUUUUAUAGAAUAUCCACAUUUCCAUUUGAAAUUAAACAUGUUAAAUGGCAAGACCAUUUAAAUUUUUAAAGUGCUUUUUUGUUCAUGCAAAAUUAAGGGUAAGAUUAAAAGGUUAAAAAACAAUCAAUAAUGGAUAUUUAUUUGAAAAGUUGAAUUUAAAUACAAAAUGCUUCAAAGAUGUGAUAAAUAUAUUCUUCGCCUUAAAAUAAACAACCGGAGAAUUAAUAACAUAUAAAACAGUAUAGACUUGAUGCAUUAUUAAAUAUUUAUGUUUAUAACAGUUUUGUUUAUUGUUUUGUCUAAAUAUUUGGUUUUAUCAGUUUAUAAUUGAUGUCUUUUUUUAUUAUUUCGUAUAAAGAAUAUAUGUGUUG